AUGGAUUGCUUCCCUCUCACUGAAACCAAGCUCUUCUUCACCGACAGCUCCGCGAGCAUCUUCCGCUUCGAUGCCGACACCCACUGCAUCGACACCAUGCCCAGCCUCCACAUGCCCAAGUCCGACCCCUUGUCCUUCUCCAUCCCUCCAAAUCCGACCACCUCCAAGGAAGGCGAAGGCGAAGGCGGAGGCCUCUACAUCAUGGACAGGAUCCUCAGGCCCAACAAGGAGGGUCAGGUCCAGUUUGAGUCUAUCUCGUACCGCAGGCGCUGCAACCACUCCAGCAAGGCCUGGCACUGCGACGCCCUCCCGCCGCCGCCUUUCGUCCACGACCCGGCCUACAAACAAGCCUCCAUCUACUCCUAUGCCCUGGUUGGUGGCCACACCAUCUGUAUCUCCAUCAGGGGCGUCGGCACCUACUGCUUUGACACGCUGGCUUGCGAGUGGAGCAAGGCUGGCAACUGGCUCAUGCCGUUUCAUGGCAGGGCGGAGUAUGACCCGGAGCUCGGCCUCUGUCUUGGCGUCUCUGAGCGCAACAUCCACCUCCCCUGCGUCGCCGACAUCUCCGGUGUCCUCAGAGGGGAGGAGCCGCUGCCGGAGCACACUCGAAUCUGGGAGGAUACUGACAUGCCAGAGGGGUGGUACCCGCACAGUCAGUGCUCCACCGAAGUUGUCAGCCUGGGUUCAGGCAGGUUUUGCGUCACCAACUUCGUUGAAACUAAGGACUUCGAUGAGCGCUGCGGCCAUUCGUUGGUUGACGACAUAUUUGCUGUCUUCACCGGCAUGGAGCUAGUGUUACCCGGCAAUGACAAUGAUGAGGGCAAAGCCAACAGCAACAGCAAGGGCGACUCCAAAGGCAAUGCCAAUGGGAACAGCAACGGGAUUGCUGGUGUGCGUAUGAUUAAGCAUAAAUCCAGAUCUUGCAGGAGUCACGGAACCAACUUGAUCAAGUCUGUGCUCUGA